GACUAAUCAUUAUUUCUUUGCACCUUUGCCUUUGCAAUUUUGCAUAAAGCAAAGCAUCUCAACAGGGUUUCCCUGGGGUUAUGUAUCGUAGUUUGAGAUUCCAAACAUUAAAAUUCGUUAAUCAAAUUAAAUAACUGCGUACUGGUUAUCAGUGUUACGAUAAAUUAGAUUAAAAUUUUAGUUUGUAUAUGAAUCAUUUGUGAAUCAACAAUUUAGUUUUACAAACUUAGUACGACAUGGGUUCAACUGAAUCUUGACGUUUCUCCUAAAAUCAUGGAAUCACAAGAGAAAAAAGACCGGCCAGUUUUCGAACGUAGCAUAAUGUUGACGCGAUUCAAAUUGUCACAGCAAAAGAGAGAAAUAAAAGAAAAAAAUCAAUCAUCGAAGGUUCUAAAAUCACCGAAAUCAAAGAAACAGAAAACACCUAUUAAAAAUAAAGAGAAAUUAAAAAUAAAUGUUAACGAUGAAUAUCAUCCGAAUAAAUUGAAACGGAAGAAAAUCGUUAAAAAAAUUGUAUUAAAACCGAAGAAAGAUUUGAAAGUUAUUGACUGGAAUGACGAUAAAAGAAAAAGAAUGGGAAUAAAAACAAAACCUUCAAAUAUAAGAACGGAAACCAACCCAACAUCUGAUAUAGAAGGUACAUCAAGUCUAGAUUCAGAUGUGAGCUUUGAUGAAGUGAUACGAAGAGCUGAUGAUGAACUGGAUGAUGAGGGUCUGAUGGAGAUAUUAACAUGUCCCAGUCCUGUCUGGUGGGAGGAUCCACCUGAUGGUAAUUAUAUGGAAGGUCCAAUAAUCAUACAAACAAACACAUUAACAUCAAUGCCGGACCUAGUCCCAAGUUGCAGAAGGAAAAAAGCAAGAAAAAGAACGCCACAGAAGAUUGUUAAAGAAGAAUUUAAGAACGACUCAAUAAACGAAAAUCCUUUACAAAAUAAUCUAACAAACAAAACAAUUGAUUCUAAAUUUAAUUCGAAACGAAACAAACUGGAAGAUUUAUUAAGUGCAAUGAAAAAUAAAUUAAAAAAUACUGAAAAUACAGUAAAAGAGAUUAAAAAGGAGGAUGUUUUUGAAGAUAAUAAAGAAGAAGGGAAACCUGAAAUAGCUGAUAUAAGCGGAGAUUCAGCCUAUAUUGACAUUUCUAUAUUUGAUAAUGAAAUUCUAAAACAUUUGGAAAACAUUAAAAUACCUAUAGAAGAUAUAGAACAGGCUAAAAGUAAACAAAUAAAUUCACCGAAACAAAAACACUAUAAACAUAAAGCGUUCUAUACAAAAAAAUCUAAAAGUUCACAAAAAUCUCAGAUCGAAAAGUCACAAACUGAAAAAUCACAGACUGAAAAUUUAAAUAUUCUCGACAUUGGUAAUGUAAAAAUAAAUCUGGAAUCAUUGAAACAUAUUAAAAAUUUGAAAAUUGGGAUACCUUACUGCAUAAAAAAGGAAGAAAAAUAA